CCGAUAAUUAUAAUGAGAGUGAAGUAAACACGCGAUAAGGAAGUGACAGAUCAUGGAUGCCAUGGAUGGAGGGGUGGAAGUGGUGUUGAGGGCCAUCAGACACCGGUUCCACUACUACAAGACGUUCGUUGUGUCCAAUCCGUUGGUGGUCUCCGAAAUGGAGUCGGCGUUGCGGUGGAUCUCGUAUCUCAUCACAGCCACCAAACUCAACAACAAUCACAUUAUCUCUGAGUUGUUGUACUCGUGCUCUUCGCUGUUGUCGUUAUUCAAUGACACGAUCCUCAGGAAGUCCUUCAACAUUAAGAUCAAUGCAGUGAGUAUCUCAUCGGUGGUCGACACAGACAUGACUUAA